UAUGUCCUGGUUUAAAUGUAGUUAUAAGAGAAAUAGUUUAGCAUUUAGAUUAUAAUUAUAAAGUUAAUUAAAUAUAUGGAGCUAAAUAUUGAUUUAAAGGCAUUUAUAAGGAAGAAUAUAUAAAAUUAUUACCUGAAGUAGCUAAUUUUGUUCAUCAUAAAGGAGGGACAUUUUUGGGUACAUCCAGAACAGGAUUUAACAAAUACAAAAUAAUUGAAGGAUUGAUUAAAAAUGGAAUUUAUUAAUUGUAUGUCAUUUAAUUAUAUUAUGAAGUUAGAAAAAGUAAACUAAAUAUUGCAAUUUGUAAUAUUCCAAGAAGUGUAGAUAAUGAUAUUCCUUUGUAGAUAAAUCUUUUGGCUAUAAUAGUUCAAUCGAAGCAUUAAAAUAUUAAUAUUUAUUUAUACUAAUAUGGAAGGAAACAAGAUCUCAUAAAAAUGGAAUUGCUUUGGUACUGGUAUAAAAUAUGGGUUUAUUACUAUGGGAGCUUAUCUUGCUUCAAGAUGCACAAAUUUUUGCUUAGUUCCUGAAUUUUAGUAUAAUUUAACUAUUAAAGUUAAUGCUUAUGAUGUUAAGCUUUGUAGGUACAAUUGGUUAAAAUGCUGUGCAUGGUUUAAUGGCUGGAUUUACUGGAUUUUUAAUACAGCAUAAAUAGAAUAACAAGUAGUAACGGUGAUUGUUAAAAGUUACUUGCUUCUACUCGUUAACCUUGAUUUAGACACGAAGAUUUAAUAAUUUAAUGAUAUUAUACCGAAUAUUUUGGAUUAUUUUAUCCAAAAUUUAUUUGAAGGUCUAUAAAUUAUUUGA